AUGUCAAUCUGCGUCAUGGUGUACGCCCAAGAUUGCCCCCCUGAAGGUUGUCCCCCUGGUCCUGCGUUUUCCUGUCCAGGGGAAGUAGACUGUAGCCUGCUCAAAUGCGGUAGGCUUCCACCCUGUGCAGAUGGAGAAAUAUUGGGUACUCUUCCUGGAGCUUGCUGUGCUAGGUGUCUUCCGAAAAAGUGCCAGUUAAAUUGUGAUAGAGUUAGGUGUGCUUUUCCGGUUUGUAAGAAAGGCUUUGUAGCAAAGCAGGUGUUUUUGUAUGCUCAAGAUUGUCCACUUGAAGGUUGUCCGCCGGGUCCUUCGUUUUCUUGUCCAGGGGAAGGGGACUGUAGACUGGUCAAAUGCGCUAGGCUUCCACCUUGCGCAGAAGGAGAAAUAUUGGGUACUCUUCCUGGAGCUUGCUGUCCUAGGUGUCUUCCGAAAGACUGCGAGUUAAAUUGUGAUAGAGUCCGUUGCGCAUUUCCGGUUUGUAACAGAGGUUCUGUUGCAAAGCAGGUGUUUUUGUACGCUCAAAAGUGUCCUCCUGGUCCUUCUUUUUCCUGUCCAGGGGAAGUGGACUGUAAAGUGGUAAGAUGCGGUGCGCUUCCAACCUGUGCAAAUGGAGAAAUAUUGGGUACUCUUCCUGGAGCUUGCUGUCCUAGGUGUCUUCCAAAAGACUGCGAGUUAAAUUGUGAUGCAGUUAGGUGCGCUUUUCCGAUUUGUAAGAAAGGUACUGUAGCAAAGCCGGUGUUUUCCGCUUGCGUUAUUACACUUGCAAAUUAUUGCAACGAUACUGGUGAAAUUGAUUGUAGAGCUGUUCUAUGUAGUCCUGUUAAUUGUCCGCCCCAUCAAAUUGAAGGAAUUAUUCCGGGAAGGUGUUGCCCUACUUGUCUCCCGAAAGACUGUGAACUAAACUGUGAUGCAGUAAGAUGUGCCUUUCCGUUGUGUGUAAACGGUACAGUUCCACGGAAACUAUUUUGCAAAUGCUGCCUCCAGUGUGUUAGGUGUAAUUGA